CCAAAAUCCCUAACCAUGAAAUUCAUCAUUGUCUUUGUUGCUUUGUUCGCCUUGGCUUUGGCCUCCGAUCCCAGAGAUGCUGAAACUUUGCGUUACGACUCCAACGUAGAACCCGAACAAUACCAAUACGCCGUGGAGACCAGUGAUGGCAAAUCGGCCCAAGAAGAAGGACAUGUUGAGAAUCUGGGUACUGAUGAAGAAGCUAUCGCCGUUAAGGGUUCCUACUCCUACAUCGGUGAUGAUGGUCAAACCUAUACCGUCAACUAUGUUGCUGACAGAAAUGGUUUCCAACCUCAAGGUGCUCAUUUGCCCGUCGCCUAA